CGACUCGUUCCCGCCUUCGGGCCUUGCCGAGUUUUAAUUUUAUACAUUAUCGCAAGUAAAGCGUUUCAGACGUUUCAGUGUUCACUGUUCUGUGCGCACUGCGCAGCUGUUGUACCACUCGGGUUCACGAGUCRCGACUGACUUGCUGUAAUUAUAGCCCUUGUCACUUGUCAGAUUCCAGUUUUGUGUUAAUUCUUCUGUACGUCUCACUACUUUGUGAACAUUCAUCAACUGUAACCGGUCAUCUCUCGGACUCCACACGCGUCUUGUCAACAAACGACGUCUCGCGUUGCCAAUUUGGGUUUUUUGAAUUCUACAAGCACCGUUCCGAUCAACUAUAGUUUGGUAACAGUAGAGUGCCGACACAGGUCAUCCCAAUGGCCGAACGUUUGGAAGAUUUAAAUUUACCGGUGACGGCAAUCACCCGUAUCGCCAAGGAAGUUUUGCCAGCCAACAUCAUUGUGUCGAAAGAAGCCAAGACAGCAUUAGCCAGAGCAGCAUCAGUAUUCAUAUUGUACGUGAGCAAUCAAGCCACCACAAUCGCAACCAGCAGGAACAAGAAGACAAUCAGUGCACAAGAUGUGCUGGAAGCACUGGCCCAGGUCGAUUUCGAAUGUAUGAUUGAACCGUUACAGCAACUGUUGGAAGAUUUCAAGUCGACUAAACAACAAAAGAAAGAUACAAAAAAACCAACUCCAAACAAAAAUGCAGAUGAUACAGAUGUUAUUGAUUUGGUUGAUGAUGAUUUGGAAUUGUGAUUAUUAAGUUCUUAAUUUUUUUUUUUUAACAUUUAUUAUUUUUAUUAAAAAGUGAUGUUAUUUCUAGAACAGUAAAAAAAUAAAUGUAUUAUAAUGUGUUAACAUGGAUUAAUUAAACAACAUUAAUAG